AAGCUCUUCAAAAAUCAGUUCUGUUAUCAUCAGCCAAAAUCUGUGUCUUCUACAACAAGCAAGACAGGUCCUGCAUUUACUGAAAAAAAAAUGGCAACACAUCUAAUAACAAAGCUCAAUGUCUCCACCACUAAGGAUGAGGAGGAAAUACUUGCAGCUAAUGGUUAUCAGCUCAUCAAUUCUGACCUCAAUGAAGGUACUGGUAAAAAACAGGUCUUUCUUUGGUACAAGAAAGAGUGUGGCUUGAAACCUGUGACCAGGAUCCAGUUUUCAUUCAAUGACAAAAUGAAAGCUGGUCUGGCGGAUGCUGGGUAUGAGCUGGUGGACAAGGAUCUGAAUGCAGGAGCUGGUGGAAAUCCCAUCUUUCUUUGGUACUUCUACGGCAGCACUGAAUCUGACAUUCCCAUUACGAGCCUCGAGGUAAGCAAAGAUGCCAAAGAAGAACCUGCUCUUCUGAAAGAUGGCUGGGAGAGACUGGGCUGUGAUCUGAACCGUAAGGCGGGAGGAAUGUUCAUCUAUCUCUGGGUAAAGAGAGAGAAGCCGAGCUACAUCUGUGAGAUCACAGCAACUGUUGACUUCUCUUCUGACAAGCAAAAGUUUGAUCUGGGCUUCACUCGUGUGGAUGAAGACACCAAUCGUGAUGCUGGUGGAAACUACGUCUUCCUCUGGUAUCGCCGCUCAACUGAUAAGAGCAAGGCUCUCACUGCUCUUAAUGCAUCCAUCAACUUCCAGGAAAAUGUAAAGCUUCAGAAUGAAGACUUCAAAAAGCUCAGCAUUAAUCUCAACUCUGGAACCGGUGGAAACGAUGUCUACGCGUGGUACCUGAACAAAGGAUGUGAGUCGCAGAUCAUAAACCUGGUUCUGCUGAUCAACCCUGAUGCCUGGACCGUGUAUCAGAAAGCCGGUGUCAACUUUGUCGACAAAAAUCUGAAUGAGGGCAACAAGGGCUGGAAAAUGUACCUAGCAUACCAAUAGUGCUGUGUCUUAAAUAAUCUUACGGGUGCCACUAUAUGGCAACUAUAAGCACAAUUAUUCCAAAUUGUAAUGCAUGACUUAAAAAUCACUCUUUAAAAUCUCUUUGUGACUUAAUACACAUAAUGUUGACUUACUGUUGUAACACACUCAAUCAAACUCACUUCAUUUGGCUUUUGCAUUUUAAUGCACAAUGAAAUAAAGGCUUCUUUUACCACAGCAAAUGUUUGGUGAGAUUUUU